AUGGCCGUGCAGAUGAUCGGGGUCGACGGCCCGCUCCUGCGCCGCUCGGCGACCUCGCGUGGCGGGUGUCCGGGCCGGCGAUCCGUGGUGAGGAGCGCAGCUGGGAACGGGCCGGAAGCCGCGAAAGAGGCGCGGCAGUGGAUCGAUGCGUGGCGCGCAAAGGCUGAAACAACUGCGAAGCCAUCCGCUCCAGCUGAGGCCAAAGCGGCCGAGGAGUCGACGUCGGUGAAGGACGCCCUGCGCGCCGCCGAGGCCCGCACGGGCCGCAAGCCGGCGUCCGCGCGCGGCGGCCGCAGCCAGCCGAAGAUCAUGCGCCCCGAGAUGGCGACGGACGGCGUGUCUGCCGCGCUGACGAGGCGCUUCGGGCUGGCCGGCGGGCUCGCGUGGCUCGGCGUCCUCACGUUCGGCGUCGUGAGCGAGCAGAUUAAGACCCGAAUCGAGAUCGCGCGGGAGGAGCAGGGGACGACGGCUGCGACGGAUGCGAAGGAGGUGGCGCUACCGUCAGGCGUGAGGUACAAGGACGUCAAGACGGGGGGGGGACAAUACCCGCGCGACGGGCUGCUGGUGAUCGCCAAUGUGCGGAUCACGCUGGCCGCGACGGGCGAGGUCAUCGACGACACCUUCGCGCGCAAGAAACCCAUCGUGUUUCUGUACGGGUCGCGGCCGUUCACGGGCGGGCUGUGCAAGGGCGUCGAGGAGGCGAUGCAGAGCAUGCGGACGGGCGGGUACCGCCACGUGUACGUCCCCGCGUCCCAGGCGUUCGGCGAUGGCGGGACGGCCCUCAAGGGCACGCGGCACGUGGGGGACAAGGAGGGGGUCAUUCCGCCCGGGACAGACCUGGAGUACGACGUGGAGAUUGUGCGGAUCUCGAUCGCGCCGUCCUGA